CAACCUUUUGUGGUGACGUAUAAUAUAGUUUUCACGUGCAGAUCAACGUUCAUCGAUUAGAAAUCGCCGUACCGACGUCAUGAGAGUUAUACUAAUUUUGAUCGUACUCACAGUUGGGCUAUUAAGAAAAUUUGCUGCAGUCAGACUACACAAGCUGUUCCAAUUCUUAGACGGGUUUAGAUCGGAGCAUAACCUGCGAGGCUUCCUGCAUGUCGGCAACGACUAUGCAGUGUUCCUUCAGAAGCCAAAUCCUCACGAUAAAUUCCUAUCGUACGAGCUUUAUGAGUCUAAAAAUGUUCCUGAUAUAAGCAAGUACCAACCACGCUUGUUAGCUAUAACCAAAGUGCCCAUAGAGUAUAUAAAAGAUCAGCUAAAAACGUUCAGACAAGAGUUGUAUAAAGCAAGACAUGACGAUAAUGUGGUGCCGGGAACGCAAGUGCAAACGCUACGCGAAUGGCAGAUAGAAAGGGCUCUGAACUUUCACAAUAAUAAACGGAUAUUUGACGACAAACUGCCGGUUUUGAGAACUGUAUUGUGAUAAUAUAAACGAUAUUAAAACUACGUUUGAAUUUAUUUUGGUAUAGCUAUCUACUUCAUUUGUUGCUAUAGUUUGAGUUGUUAUUGCGAACGAGAAGAGGAAUAUGUACAUUACUAGGUAUUCAUUACUUAAAUGUUUUUAUACAAUUUAUUCCUGAUAAACGUUUGAAAUAAAAUUUCACAAUCCAUA